AGCCCUAUACUUUGACAAAAAUAAAUUGAAAAUCGAGGAAGCGGCAAAAAUUCAAAAACUCCACCCCUCGUACCACACAGUUAACGGAUAUCCCUCAAUCACCCCUAAAUCGCAGGAUUUCGUAAACCCUACCCGAUAAUUUCUACUGAUUAAAUCGCAUUGAAAUUUCAAAUUCCAACUUCAAGCUUAUCGAUUUCAAGCAUAUUCAUCAAAUUGAGUCAAAGAUCGGAAGAAAUGGGGGUUGAAAAUUAUCACGUCACUGAGCUUGUUGGUGAAGGAUCUUUUGGCAAAGUUUACAAAGGAAGAAGAAAGUUCACUGGCCAGACUGUUGCUAUGAAGUUUAUAAUGAAGCAUGGGAAGAGUGAUAAAGAUCUUCACAAUCUUAGGCAGGAGAUUGAGAUACUCAGAAAGCUGAAACAUGAGAAUAUUAUAGAAAUGCUCGACUCCUUUGAGACUGCACAAGAAUUCUGUGUAGUCACAGAGUUUGCUCAGGGUGAACUUUUUGAGGUCCUUGAGGAUGAUAAGUGCCUGCCUGAGGAACAAGUUAAAGCAAUUGCAAAGCAGUUGGUAAAAGCGCUGCAUUACUUGCAUUCCAAUCGAAUUAUUCACAGGGACAUGAAGCCGCAGAAUAUCCUUAUUGGUUCAGGCUCCAUUGUUAAGCUUUGCGAUUUUGGGUUUGCUCGUGCCAUGUCAAUGAACACUGUUGUACUUCGCUCCAUUAAAGGCACUCCAUUAUACAUGGCUCCUGAGCUUGUUCGUGAACAACCGUACAACCACACAGCUGACUUGUGGUCUCUUGGAGUGAUUUUGUAUGAGCUUUUUGUUGGCCAACCUCCAUUUUAUACCAACUCAGUGUAUGCACUUAUACGACAUAUUAUCAAGGAUCCAGUUAAGUAUCCUGAAAAUAUGAGCCCAGAUUUUAAAAGCUUCUUGAAAGGAUUACUUAAUAAGGUCCCACAGCAAAGACUCUCUUGGCCUGGCCUUCUUGAGCACCCGUUUAUUAAAGAUUCUUCAGAUGAUUUGGAGACAAGGGAAUUGCUUUCUCCGAUAAAGCCGCCAAUGGGGCGUGAAGCUGCUCGGAGAGGUGAGGCUCCAAAAAUUCCCCCGCCAGUACGCUCUAAGACUGUCACUCCUGAAAGUAAUAAUCAUACCCCUUGUGCUUCUGAUAGUAAUUCACCAGGACUUCUGUCUGAUGCCCAACCCAGCGAGUCUGACUUGGCCGUGACAGAGGCAUCUCUUGGGCCUACAGGCAGUCAACCAGUAGAUAGGCUGGAAAAUAAUUCUCGCACCAUCAAAGGUGCGAAGGUGAUAGGCCAAAAAAAGGAGGCCCUAACACUCAUUCUGGAGCCAGUCAAAGUCUUUUCUAAAGGAAUUGGGAACUGUAUCAGGAAGGAAGACAUUCUCAAUUUGAGUCAGUCACUCAGAAUUCUUUCAAACUUAGUUGCAGCUGAUGCUGUCACACAUACUAGUCGGGAUGAAAUCAUUUUUGAGCUUCUUGGGCUGACUUCUGCUCUUCUUAGCCAAAAAAAGAUUGAUGCUUAUGACUUGAUUGCUAAGAGUUUUAUGAUUAUUAGAAAAUUGAUUGAUGGUGGUGGAGACAGCUUUGGGAGCUCAUGUUUUACCCAGUGGGUUGCCCUUGUCGAGCUGUUUUUACAGGUCCUUAGUAGUUCAGAAGAUUCGAGUGGCAGAGUUCUUUAUGAAUCUACCUCCUCUAUUGCAGUCAUGUUAAAUCAAGUUACUUCGGCUAUUAAAACAUUUUCUCCUUCCGUCCCUCCUAUGGAUAUACUGAAGCAAAUCCUUGAUCAUGCUAAAACAAGUGGUUUGGUUGAUCAACUUUGUGCGUGCUUAGCAGCUUCAGGAACAAGUUUGAUUUCGGGUUCUGCUAAUUUGUCCCGUGUUGCUACGGAAGGAUGUAAAGCACUUUGGUUUUUAAUUAAUGCAUUGGAAAGUUUGUCACUCAAAGAGAAAGCUGGGACAUUUCCACUCACUUCUUUGCGCAGCCAUUCAUUAGCCCGACUUGAUAUCAGAGAGCACGACAGGUCUCCAGAUAUUGGAACCGAUUGUGAGAAAGUUCUUGAUGCUAUAACAAGAGCAUUUCUGGAUUCCAAACCAGUUCAUUGUGCUAUAUUGUACUGCCUUCGUCAGCGCAAUGAAGCUGUGCUCUUAGCUGGUAUCCAGCUCCUACUGAGGUGUUCUAUGCGCAGUGGAAUAUUGCCGAGUGUACUUUGUGGCCUUCCCAGUUCUUUGCCUGUGACAACAGAGGUUAGUGGUGGAGGGGAUCACACGUUUGUUUCUGAGAUAUUCUCCAUAAUAUCUCUCUGUGGACCAUAUUUGAGCAAAAAUACCCAAAUUGGUGAAGCUAAUGGCUCGAAGUGCAAAUUAGCUAAUCCUCAUGGGCUUGCUUUGCAUUCAUGUUUGCUGCUUGCAACGAUUGCUCAAUCAUUUAAGUCGGUUGGGAGAAGAUACUCAACAUCCAUUCUGACUACUACCUCAAAGGAACAGCAGUCAAGGCUGUCAUCACUUGCGCAACUGUUUUCUUUUGAUGAUGGAAUUCCAUCUUCAUUUCACCCUCACUGUGCAUCUGCCAUGCUAGCCUUUGCAUGUAUUCUAUCUCUUGAGACUGGAUCUUCAGCUGAGUCUUCAUUAUCUGAUAUUGCAAUGCCUUUUGUCCCUCGAACUGCUACUCUGUGUGACCUCCUCAAAAUGAAUUAUAGAGUCGAGCAUGAGAACAACUGCAAUGCCACAUAUAUGCUUUCUUAUUGGCAUGGGCUACGGGAUGGAUAUGUUGGCUUGCUUGAAUGUAGAUUAAAAUGGGGAGGACCUUUGGCUGUCCAACAAUUUUGUGCUAGUGGACUACCACAACUCCUUAUAGAUUUGCUGGGAAACAAUCCUAGCGUUGAUUCUCAAGCAACAGGUUACGAUCUAGUUGGGCUAUCUCCUACUGGAGUAUUGUGGGCUAUUUCAUGUCUAAGCCAUUGCCUUCCAGGUAGCUCUGUGACUUUCCGACAGAUAUUACUGCGGAAUGAACAUGUUGAAUGUAUUCGCGACUUGGUAUCUGAUGCUCAUCUGAAGCUCCUUAAAACUUGGGCUGGGCCUAGCGGGGGGAAGAGUGGAGUGAGGGAUAUCAUAAAUGCAGUGAUUGAUUUUUUGGCCUUUCCUUUUGUUGCCGUUCAAAAUGCCUCUGGUUUGCCAUCUACCACUGCUUCCAUGAGUAGUGGACUUCUACUUAAUGUAGAUUCACCUGGUGCAAAAGUAUGCAGCAAAGACUCAGACAUUACGGAAGCAAUCAAGGAAAACAUGGAAAAGUACACAAAGAUUCUUCUAGAGGCAGGAUUGCCUAUCAUAAUUUUGCGAUGUGCUGAUGGUUUGGAGUUAAAAGAUAUGCAAAGGCCAGUGGCAUUUCUUGCGAAAAUGACUAGCCAUAAACACUUGGCUCCUCUUGUGGGGAAGGGGAUACUGCAAGCUUCCAGGAUAAGGAGAUUGUUUGAUUGUUCAUGCCCGAAAGGCGUCAUCCUUGAUGUCCUCAUGGUCGUAUCUGAACUAGCACGUAUGAACAAGGGUUUCUAUGAAUACAUCGACAAGGCAAACAUAUUGACACGCUUAAAGGAGUUCCUCACUUCUAAAGAUCCUGAUUUACGUGCAAAGGCUUGUAGUGCUAUAGGAAACAUGUGUCGGCAUAGCUCUUACUUUUAUGAUUCACUGGCAAGACAUGGAAUCAUCAGUCUACUCAUCGAUCGAUGUGCUGACACGGACAAGCGUACCAGGAAAUUUGCCUGUUUUGCUAUUGGAAAUGCAGCGUUCCAUAACAGUUUGCUGUAUGAUGAACUUAGAAGUUCCAUACAUCAACUAACAAAUCUGCUGCUUUCACCUGAGGAAGACAAGACAAAAGCUAAUGCUGCUGGUGCUCUAAGUAAUCUUGUUCGCAAUUCCAGCAAACUCUGUGAAGACAUUGUGUCUCAUGGUGCUAUACAGGCUUUACUUAAGGUGGUAUCAGACUGCUCAACAGUAGCCUUGAAUCCUCCGAGAAGGGAUGCUGUGAACGAGUCUCCUCUGAAAAUUGUUCUGUUUGCUUUGGACAAAAUGUGUACACACUCACCUUGCAGACAAUGCAUUCGUUCUUCAGAGUUAUUUCCUGUGUUAGCACAACUUCGACAAUCACCUGAAGAAGCUAUAGCCAAGUAUGCGUCUCUGAUUUAUGGUAAAGCCAACGGAGUUUGAACCAUAUCUUACAAAUAGAACAUAAUUAAGAGAUCAAAUGUAAAGAUUAGGGGAAGAAGAUGAAGAUCGAUUGAUCAAUAUCUUUGGAAAACAACACGCGUUCAAGAGGCUUGUUCUCCUCUGCAAUGUAAUAUAAACUAAUAGUUUCAAGCAUUCAGCAUAUCUAUCUAUCUAUCUAUC